AUGGCCCAACGACCAGAAAUCAAAGGACCGGCUAUUUUCGUUGCUCAGUAUCUCUCUGAUGAAUCUCCGUUCAAUUCUCUAGAGGGGAUAUGCCAAUGGGCAUCCAGUCACGGCUACACGGGUAUCCAACUACCCAUAGAUAUACGACUUAUCGAUAUCAAACGAGCAGCUACAGACCUAGACUACUGCCUAUCCCUUCUGAAUGUAUUUACAAGCCACGGAAUUACAUUGACCGAGCUGUCAUCCCAUCUCCAAGGCCAACUGAUUGCCGUGCACCCGGCCUACGACGCCCUCUUUGAUGGAUUUGCACCGGAACACCUACGCAACAAUCCCAAAGCCAGACAACAAUGGGCAACCGACACGCUCUGCCUAGCCGCCCAAGCAUCCAAAAAUCUCCAAUGCAAAGCCCAUGCCACUUUCUCAGGCGCCCUCGCCUGGCCAUACAUCUACCCCUGGCCGCAGCGCCCCGAAGGCCUAGUAGAAACAGCCUUCCAAGAGCUCGCAGCUCGAUGGAAACCGAUUCUGGAUGUGUUUCACGAAAACGGCGUUGAUCUCUGCUAUGAAAUCCACCCCGGCGAAGACCUGCACGACGGCGUCUCCUUUGAGCGAUUCUUGCAGGCUGUGGACCACCACCCGCGAGCAUGCAUUCUCUACGAUCCAAGCCACUUUGUCCUGCAGUGCUUGGACUAUCUCUCCUUCAUCGACGUGUAUCACGACCGCAUCAAAGCGUUCCACGUGAAAGAUGCCGAAUUCCGACCGGAUGGUCGCCAGGGUGUUUAUGGUGGGUUUUCGGACUGGACACAGCGUGCUGGCAGGUUUCGGGCUUUGGGUGAUGGGCAAGUUGAUUUCAAGGGUGUUUUUGGCAAGCUCAUGCAGUAUGGAUAUGAUGGGUGGGCUGUUCUGGAAUCGGAGUGUGCGUUCAAGGAUAAAUAUGUUUGUGCUGCGGAGGGUGCUGCUAUUGUCAAGUCGCUUGUUUCGGUUACCGCUGCUGGUUCAUUUGAUGACUUUGCUAAAGCUCCUGUUGACCAGCAAGCGAUUGACCAUUUGCUUGGGUUGUAG